AUGAAUUUAUUGAAUGUUUGUCUUAAGAAACAUAACUGUAUUAAAGUGAACUUUGAACUUUUCGCUUACUUUGUUCUGCCAUCAACUGGUGAACAUGAACUGAAAUCAUUUAAUAGUAAAUAUGAAUUAGUUUAUCAUAGUACUGAUAUAAAUGAUCUAUAUUUAAAUUUAAUAAAUACUUUUAAUAGAAAACUAUCUGAAUUUCAACACCGUGAAUCUGGCUGGUCUUGCCUCCUUAUAAAUCAUCUGGAGAUUAAUGUAAAUAAAUAUAAUCCUUUAAGAGGUGGAUCAUAUAUAGAAUUGCCAAAUGUACUUAAACGAUCUAAAAGCUGUAUUAACAUACAAAACAAUGAUAAUCAUUGCUUCCUAUGGAGUAUUGUGGCAGCAUUAUUUCCACAAAAGAGAAAUGUUUGUAGAACAAAAUCAUAUCCACACUAUUCUACAGUACUAAAUGUAAGUGAUAUGAUGUUUCCACCAUCAAACCCAGAUAUUAGACAUUUCGAAAAAAUAAAUUCCGACAUAAGUGUGAAUAUUUAUGGCUUAGAUAGCAAACACAUUGUAACUGGCCCUUUAUAUGUCACUAAAUCAAGAAAGCGUAAUCAUGUAAAUUUAUUAUAUAUUGAAAAAAAUGGAAAAGGUCACUAUUGUUUAAUCAAAGACCUUUUACGACUAGUGAAACGGCAAAUUACUCAUCACAAAGGUAAAAUGUUUUUUUGUGAUUUAUGUUUACAAUGUUUUGCAAGCUCGAAGAAGUACAACUCACAUAUAUGUAAUAAACUACGGACAGUACUGCCGGGUAAAAAUACUAUUCUACAGUUUAAAAAUUAUGAAAAGCAACAAAAAAUAAACUUUGUUAUUUAUGCAGACUUUGAAAGCCUUCUAUUAAAUCGUAAUGAUCUUAUAACGGAGAAUACUCGAAUAUAUAAAGCUCAUCAACCCUCUUGUUUCGGUUAUUAUAUUUGUUGCUCACACGACCGCAGUUUGAAUAAAUAUGUGACGUAUAGAGGUCCAGAUUGUGUAGAAAAAUUUGUUACAUAUUUGCUAAGCGACAUGGAAAUGAUUUAUAAUAUAUUAUCAAAAGAGCUGCCUAUGUCACCUUUAACAAAAGAUCAAGAAAAAAACUUUAAUAACGCCACCGUGUGUUACAUAUGUAAACAACUAUUAUUUGAUGAUAAGGUGAGAGAUCAUGAUCAUGUGACAUCGCAAUACCGAGGUGCUGCACAUUCUCAUUGUAACAUAAUGCACAGAGUUUGUUCAUUUGUGCCAGUGGUUUUUCAUAACUUGGCUGGUUAUGACUGUCAUCUUUUCAUCAAAGAACUGGCAAAAUAUGAAGGUUAUUUUAAAAUAAUACCGAAAACUAAAGAAAAAUAUAUAUCUCUUACUAAAAUAAUUCAAACCAAACAGAUAAAAUUUAUCGAUUCUCUCCAGUUCCUUAACUCAAGCUUGGAUGUCUUAUCUAGAAAUUUAAAUGAUGAUGAGUUCAUACAUUUAUCGGAUGAAUUUCACGACGCGGACUUGUUGAAAUUAUUGCAACGUAAGGGUAUUUACCCUUACGAUUAUAUGGAUUCUUUUUCAAAAUAUGAUGAAAAUUGUUUACCCCCGAAAGAAUGUUUUUAUAAUAGUUUAAAAUAUGAACACAUAACCGAUGACGAUUACAAGCACGCGAAACAAAUAUGGCAAAGUUUUAAAUUAAAAUCUCUUGGAGAGUAUACAGACUUAUAUUUAAAAACUGAUGUUUUGUUACUUUGCGAUAUAUUUGAAAAUUUUAGAGACACUUGCUUACGAUAUUAUAAUCUUGAUCCAGCUUAUUAUACCACUGCACCGAGCUUGAGUUGGGAUGCCAUGAUGUUGUAUACAAAGGUCCAAUUAGAGCUAAUUAGUGAUUUAGAAAUUUAUGAAUUACUGGAAAAGGGGAUACGGGGAGGGUUAGCUCAGUGUUCUCUUCGUAAUGCAAAGGCUAAUAAUAAAUACUUACCGAAUUUUGAUGGCUCUCAGGAAUCAACUUUUUUGAUAUAUCUCGACUGUAAUAAUUUAUAUGGAUAUGCGAUGACAAAAAAAUUGCCAAUAUCUGACUUCCGGUUUUUGUCACCUGCUGAAAUAUAUGCAAUUAAUAUAACCAAUGAACCGGAUGACUCAGAUUAUGGAUAUAUUUUAGAAGUCGAUUUGUCUUACCCAGAUCAUUUACAUAAACAUCACCAGGAUUUACCUUUUGCUCCAGAAAAGUUUAUUCCUCCAGAUGGUAAAACUCCAAAAUUAAUUGCAAGCCUGUACGAUAAAUUCAAAUAUGUCAUACAUUACGUUCAUUUAAAAGAAUGUUUAAAGAAUGGUCUUGUUUUGAAAAAAAUUCACCGUGUACUCACAUUUAGACAAGAAAACUUUUUACAGGAAUACAUUGACUUGAAUACUCAUUUACGUCAAAGAUCAACGUCAUCGUUUGAAAAAAACUUAUUUAAACUGAUGAAUAAUGCGAUUUUUGGUAAAACUAUUGAAAAUAGACGAAAACAGGUAAAUAUUAAAUUAGCUACUACUUGGAAUGACAAGAACAAUAAGACAAACAAACAUCUUAGUGCUGUAAACUUAAUUUCAAAACCUAACUUCAAAAACAUAACAAUAUUUUCUAAAAACUUUGUAGGUAUUCAUUUAAGCCCCGAAAAAUUAAAUCUCGACAGACCCAUAUAUUGGUUUUACGGUUUUAGAGUACGCAAAACAGCAUUUGUAUAA